AUGCCGGGGGAAGAUGCCGAUAAAUCAUUAAUCGAACUAGCUGAAAGGACUGCCAGGGUCUAUCCAUUUGCCAAGCCAAGUAUUAUGUACUCACCACUUGAGAAAGCAUUAGGCCGCCCACAACCUAGACGAAUGUUCCUCGAAGCGGCAGGGUCGAGUUCCUGGUAUCCAGACGAAACACCUGCGAAGACCUGUUCUGUGAUCAGGGAUCUGGAUGCUACUGUCGUGCUUACAAGCGCCAACCCCGAUGAUCAUGACUCGCGAGCCGGGAUUCUUGGUUGUUGCUUUGAACCAACUGCUUGGAGAUGCCAACAGGCAGGGCAGGGUAAGGGCAGGGCACUGAACGCUUGGCUUCGUCCCCUUGUCCCUCUUCGUCAUGAAGAGCUUGGUCGAUUGCUAGCAAGUACACACCCACCUCCUGAACCCUACGCCAAGCAAUCCCGCCAGUGUGAAAACGAAAAGGUCACUGGAAACGUGGCUACCACCCAGACGCCAAUCGCACCAAUGCCAGUGCCGGCACGCCAUUAUUGCGCUGCCAAUUGUGCUUCCUGGCAAACCAUGAAAAAUCUAUGGUUGAUCAUAACAAAGAAAUUGCAUUACUUGAGUUUUAACCGCUAUAACUAA